UGAGCUCCCUCUCGGCUGAGGAUGAGGAGGAGGACGGCUGUUGUUCUCUGACGGCUUCAACACUUCGUCUUCUUCUUUGGGACCAUUUUUAUCUUUUUUUUUAACAAACACAAGGACUCUCUCAAAGCUGAGGCUGAUCCUCCUUGAAGCUUUUAUUUUUCCGCUAAUCUUUUUGUGUUUUGACUCCUAUUUGGUAAAAUGUCUCUGACUGUAGCUGACCUGACCAGAGGAGCCAUGACAGAGUUCCAGGAGAAACUCCGCCAGCAGCACGAGGAGUCGAUGCACCGCGAGCUGGAGGCGCUGCUCGCCACAGAAGCUAACAAGGCAGAGGCUGAGAUCUCCAGGAAAGACUUUGAUGGCUUCAAGAGGCUCUUCCACAGAUUCCUGCAGGUCAAAGGUCCGGCAGUGGACUGGGUCAAAAUCAACCGGCCGCCCGAGGACUCGGUUCAGCCGUAUGAAAAGAUCAAGUCAAAGGGACUCCCUGACAACAUCAGCGCCAGCCUCAACAAGCUGGCCGUUGUCAAACUAAACGGUGGUUUGGGCACUAGCAUGGGCUGUAAGGGUCCAAAGAGUCUGAUCAGCGUCCGCAACGAGAACACCUUCCUGGACCUGACCGUGAAGCAGAUCGAGCAUCUGAACACAACGUUUAACGCCAACGUACCACUCGUCCUCAUGAACUCCUUCAACACCGAUGAGGACACAAAGAAGAUCCUGCAGAAAUACAAACAUCACCGCGUCAACAUCCACACCUUCAACCAGAGCAGGUAUCCGAGGAUCAAUAAGGAGUCUCUGCUGCCUGUCGCUAAAAACAUGGGUCUGACUGGUGAGAACUCUGAAGCCUGGUACCCGCCAGGUCACGGAGACAUCUACGCCAGCUUCUAUAACAGCGGCCUGCUGGACAAACUGAUUGCAGAGGGGAAGGAGUACAUCUUCGUCUCCAACAUCGACAACCUGGGAGCCACCGUCGACCUCUUCAUCCUCCACCACCUGAUGAGCCAGCCGGCAGAGAAACGCUGCGAGUUCAUCAUGGAGGUCACCGACAAGACCCGUGCCGACGUUAAGGGUGGAACUCUGAUCCAGUACGAGGACCAUCUGAGGCUGCUGGAGAUCGCUCAGGUCCCCAAGGCUCACGUCGACGAGUUCAAGUCGGUCACCAAGUUCAAGAUCUUCAACACCAACAACUUGUGGAUCUCCCUGCCCGCCAUCAAGAGGCUGCACGAGAAGAACGCCAUGGACCUGGAGAUCAUCGUCAACCCCAAGACGCUGGACGGCGGUUUGAACGUCAUCCAGCUGGAGACGGCGGUGGGCGCCGCAAUCAAGAGCUUCAACAACGCCAUGGGUGUGAACGUCCCGCGUAGCCGCUUCCUGCCGGUGAAGACGUCGUCCGACCUUCUGCUGGUGAUGUCGAACCUGUACAGCCUGGACGCUGGCUCGCUCACCAUGAGCAAGAAGAGGGAGUUCCCCACCACGCCGCAUGUCAAGCUGGGUAGCUCCUUCACCAAGGUUCAAGAGUUUCUGCAGAGGUUUGAGAGCAUCCCGGACAUGUUGGAGCUGGACCACCUCACCGUGUCAGGAGACGUCACCUUUGGAAAGAACGUCUCCCUGAAGGGAACUGUCAUCAUCAUAGCGAACCAUGGAGACCGGAUCGAUAUUCCUGCCGGAGCGAUGCUGGAGAACAAGAUAGUCUCAGGAAACCUGCGGAUCCUCGACCACUGAGGCCUUCUGGGAAAAAAAAACAGCCAACCAACCAAAAAGCCAUUUGCAUCUUGAAGAGUCUCAAAGAGAGAUUUAUUUUCUCUGCUGAACUCUCACUGAUCGUUUUUGUCUGUUUUUAAAAUAAAACAGGCUGAAAGGUUCGACCUCCUCCUCUUCCUCGCUCUUCUGCUGAUGCUCACAUCCUCAUGGAGAAACUUUGUUACUGCGACAAUCACUGGGACGUCCCGGUCGACUGUCUCUGCUGACUAUUAAAGAAGUGCAAUAUGGA